AUGCGCAGCAGCGCCAUUAUGAAAAUGUUAUUAUUGAUUGUGCUGAUUUGCCCAUCCGUUUAUGGAUGUAUGUCGUCAGGAUGCUGUUGUCCACGGAUGAAACCACUGUGUGGAUGCGGUGCAGUAUGUGGUGGCCUUGGAAUGGGAUGGGCAGAGCCUGGAAUGGUAAUGGGAGGUCCGGGAAUGGGAUUGGGAAGUCCCGGCAUGGUAAUGGGGGGCAUGGAACCGAUACCAGUGAUAGCCGUCGAUGGUUUACAUGCGGCUGGUCCCGUAAUCGGAGGAGGUGGUCUCGGUGGUUAUGCGAUGCCAGGCGGAGGUAACAGUUAUGUGAUGCUAAGAUCAGCAAGCGCAGGUCCUGGUGGUCCUGCGAUGCCAAACGGAGCCGGCGAAGCGUUCUCGGGACCAGUAGUAGGCAUGUCAGGAGCUCACGCCCCGCCAAAUGUGGCUGCAGGAGGUGCUUACAGUGGAGAGGGUGCAGGCGGACAAUUUGAUACUGGUAUUGAAAGUGGUGCUGAAUCAAAAGGUGCUGGUGUCAUGGAGGACACGGGUGCAGAGGCUCCAGUCCUAGCUCCGGCCCCGGCUCCAGCUCCAGCUCCGGCUCCAGUCCCGGCUCCAGCUCCGGUUGCAGUUCCAUAUCUCAUGCCAGCCGAAGCUCCACUUUCAACUGCAUAUCGUGUUGGUGGGUACGAAGCGUCACAAGAAGGUGGUUCCGAGAGUGAAAUGGACGACGGCUCAGAAGGCGGCAAUUUUGACGAAGAACCGGCCCCACUGCUUCCGCCACCGCUUAAUCCCAUCGUCGCUCCGGCCACAUCAACCGCAGCUCGUCCUCUUCCAAGUUUCGCUGGCUCGAUAUCGUCAUCCAGCUUUGCCAACCAAAACUCACUGUCAACUUCUCGCUUUGACGGAUCUUCCGCACAGGCGCAGGCAAUGUCGUCAGUGAAUAAUGGAUACAACGAUCAGAAUAUCGUCGAAGCCGAACUGGAUUCCAACGGUUAUGUGGAAGAGGAGCAAGGCGACAUCGGUUAUCGCAAUCGGCUGAAUUUCCUCAAGAAAAUACUCAAAAAUCGAGUUAGGCACUAA